AUGGUCAAAGCCAAGGAUUCGACAUAUGAGGAGAGUGCGGAAACUCCCGAUGUAUCAGCUAGCAAUAUCUGGCAUGGCUUCACCCAGGAUACCACCUUUCAUGGGGUGCGCUUUGUCACCAUGCACCAGGCAGGCCUUUUCAGAAGACUUGCAUGGGCAGUGGUCAUUCUCGUCGCCAGUGUUUACCUCGUCUACCAGAUCCAGGAACGAGUGCGCUUCUACUCAAAGGAACCAAUCCUUGUCUCCGUUGAUAUUGUAUUCAAUGAUACACUGAAGUUCCCCGUCAUAGCCAUUUGCAACCAGAACCAAUUCAAAUUUAGUGCUGCAGUUAAGGAUAAGUCGAACUCCUACUUAGAACAAUUCUUCAACAAGGAAUUGACUCCCCAUGUCAGCGUCCAAAAGUCUGACCCAAACGCCACAACACCCAUCACGCCCAAACCCCCGGUCGGACUUUGUACGAAAAGCAAAGCAAAUUAUGAAGCAUUCUUGAAUAAAACGUGGGAGUAUCUUCUCAGCCAUCUCGGGCAUCUGCCACAAGACAUGAUCGCCAGGUGUCGCUUUGGUAACGAAAAUUGCAGCUGGGAAAACUUCGAUCCGAUCAUGACAGACCACGGACUGUGCUACAAAUUCAAAGGUCUGAAGUCUCCAACGACAGGCGUGUACAAACUGCCAGACACGAAAACGGCAGGUUCAAAAGCGGGACUCAAUUUACUCCUAAACACUGAAAGUUAUGAAUACUCCCCGGGUCCACACGCAUCCGCGGGCUUCAAAGUGGUGGUCUACGAGCCUGGUGACCUUCCUGUAUUCGGAUCGCAAGGAGAAGGUAUCGCCCCUGGAACAUAUACGUUUGUUGGCUUAAGUUAUGACGAGACACUUCGGAUCAACAGCAAGACAACAAAUUGUACGCAUGGGACCAAACUAAAGUAUUUUGACAGUUACUCGCAGCUGGCAUGUCUUGAAGAUUGUGAGGCCAGGAAGUUUGUGGAGAGGUGCGGGUGCAGGAAGUCUUCGCGCUGGAAGGAUGACGGUACUCCGCUCUGUACAGUGGCAGAUUCGUUAUCGUGUAACGGUAUCGAAAGCACUACCACAAACAUCACCAACACAGGGUGUGUCGUCUGUGACGCUCCAUGCGAAUCCGGAAACUUCCCGACAAGCUUUUCGUUCCUGAAGACCUCCAAAAACGACAUCACAAAACUUGACGGUAAUUUCCUGGAGAAGAUGAUGAAGGCCAACCAGGAGGCCCGUGACCUCCGCAGCAACACCGACACAAAUUUGUACCAGAAGUAUUUAGGUCCAAUGAAAACGUUUAAAGAAACAGCAGUUAACGCCCGAAAGGUAUACGGCGAAAUAUUUUCUGCUGACGUCAACAAGCACAGGGAAAACUUUACGAAGAUGGCUGACAGGUGUAAACACUCCCUGAACAAAACGGCACGAUAUUUCGGGGUGAUGGGUCAAAUAUAUGAUGAGUUCUUCUACAGUCCGGCCUCACUACGCUUCCCUGAUGUGACGCUGGGAGCAAAGACAUUAGCCAUGAACGUCGAAGAGGCACUCAAGAUCAUUACAAGCCAGAAACGAUCCCCGACAACGGACGAAGGAGACUUCGUACGGAUGGUGAAAUUUGAGCUGAAAAACAUGAAUUCCACUCUCCGCGACUCCGUCAGCACGUUAAAGGAUAUCCAGGAGAGAUACACUUCCGCUUCUCCAGUCAUGCCGUACUUGACGCCAGCAGACAUCGUCGCGGACUUACCAACUUACGAUGGCUUCUUCUUCAAAAAGCCAAUCGUUGAUUCAGCGGAGAAUGUAUUGAAUAAGGGACGCUGCAAUGAAUACUACAACCUCGCCGAAGCCAACCAAGCCCACGUGAAAACUCUCCUCGACACAUUGAACUCGCACGAUUCGACAAAACCGGUCGACUGGGCAACAUUUACGGCGAAGAGGGAUUCGUUUAUAACGGAUACGCUGAAAUUAGCCAAUAAACGAGUCGAAGUGAUGAAGAAGUUUCUCCAAGGCGCGAUGGAGUAUGUGGAUUGGAAGAACCAAACAAUGCUUCAGCACGAGGCAGCUUCUAAAGCAAUGACUGACGGAAUGAUUAACGACCUGGAUUUCAGGUUCUCUGACUUCAAAAUAAAUGCAAAAUACGAGGCCUGGGUUGAUAACCUUAAGGAUAAGGGACUUUUGGACAUGAGCAAGAUUGCAAAAGAUGGCAAAGCAGCUGACCAAGGAAUCAGAUCCGAACGCUUUCAGUACACGAUUUAUAAACUUCGGGAGUACCUAACGGAGGCCAAUGCGAGAUUCGCGCGUUUGAAGGAGAUCUUCGAUGUGUGGGAAAACUACGUAUAUUUAGCCAGUCAUCUUGCAAACAACGAAAUAACAUGGGUCCCAGGGGCUGUGCCAAACACCAGGCGGAAGAAUGGAGAGAAAAUGACCGAGGUCGCUCUGGACAUAAAUGCAUGCUGGUAUAUGAUCUCUACAAAAGUUCAGAAAGUUUACUGGAGGCAGUAUUUCGAUCAAGUGAAAGGUGACCUUGAGAGAGUGGUAGAGGUCAUUGCCCCGGAGUUUGAGGACCUGAAAGCAUCGCUGGAUGAGUAUUCUGGAGAACUGGAGCCAACCGGAACAUUCUAUAAGAACAACUUCGCGGAGGUGGACAUGUACUUCCAGGAAAUGUCGUACCGAAAGGUGGAGCAGCAGUUGGCGUAUGACAUUGUCGCCUUACUCAGUGACAUCGGAGGGUCCAUGGGACUUUUGGUUGGCGGGAGCUGUCUGACCGUGAUUGAACUAAUAGACACGGUUGUCAUAGUAUGCCAGCUGUGCCUGACCAAAGCAAAGAGAAUUGGAACGAAAGGACAAACAAAAAACAUACAGUAAACUUAGAACUUGAGACGUAUGCAUCCUACCACCCCUAUCCUAUUCUCGGCCGUCAUUUCAAACUUCUACACUGGGCUGGAACUGCUAAUGUGAUGAAAUAUUUUAAAGGAAUGGGCGGCUUUUUAUUGCAGUAUGUUUGUUCUUCCUCUGGUCCAGCAGUAAACUUUCUUUCUCAACGUGUUUGAUGCUUAUCCAAUUUUGUUUAAGAUAGUAGAAAAACGCGUUAUUCGUUAUUUCUAUUUCGCACAAGUCUUGGCGCGAAAGACCAGUGCACGCCGAGAUCCGAAUUCACGUCACCCCGCUAUUAAGACGCAACGGCAUUUCCAUUUAUCGUCGCAGUUGCGGGGUAAUCAAGAGCCAUCAGCGUGACUUCGGAAAAAUCGAUAUCAGCACCAAGACCCUAGCUCGAGGAAACACCUUACUAGUGCAUCGUUCCACGUGGAAAUGG